AUGAAAGUGUAUUUAGAGACAAAGGUGAAAUUGCAUUAUCCUACAAAGCAGGGGAAUUUUUACAGUGAGGAUAUACAGAAGAUGAGGUACUCAUGGAAUGUAGUGUCUAAAACUAUGAGACUAUCACCACCCACAAUAGGUGCUUUUAGAGAUGCACUGUUAUACUGGAAGGCCUUAUUAACAAAUACAUUUUCUAGCUUGUUUCAAGAGAACAUAAAAUUUGAUCCAUCGAGCUAUGAAAGGGCAGGACCUACUCCAUUUUCUUAUGUUCCAUUUGGAGGAGGGCCUCGGAUGUGCUUGGGUAAAGAGUUUACUAGACUGUAUAUUCUUACAUUCCUGCACAACAUAGUUAAGAGAUUUCGAUGGGAUUCACUGAUUCCUGAUGAGAAAGUAGAAUACAUCAUAUGCCCACCCCAGUCGAAGGACUUCCAGUUCAUCUUCAUCCUCAUAAGCCCUAGAUGUUAUGGCUUCUUAUGUUGA